AUGGUUUAUACUACCGAGCUGCACGGGGUGUCCGGAGGGAUGGGGGAGUUCCAGACGGCCGGGGAGGGCGGCGCCCCGCCCCGGGGUAAUUACAUACUGCGCAGUUGCAGCGGUCCAGACCGGGACAAAGGCCGACGGAGGAGCACGAGCUGCACUGCGUCCACCGGCCGGUUCAGUCGACAGAGCGGGUGGUCCAACAGUGUGUGGACGGUACUGAGCUCUGUCCACCGGAGCCGACCACGGCGGAGGCGGCGAAUAUCAGCCCUUGGCGAGGAUCAGCUGACGGCGCUCCUGCAGAGUCUUCCCCGCUUGGAGGAGCUGACCGUCAGGGUCCCGUCCUUCGGAACGGGGCGGUGGCUGCAGCUGCUGCCGACGUCACUGAGGACGCUAUACGUUACCGGGCCGGAGGUGACGAAGCCGAGGUGGCCUGGACGGUACGGGAGUGGUCUGUCGGUAUCUCUCCAGGGGGUGGCUGCCGACACCAUCAGUCACCUGGCCACGGAGCUGGGGUCACGGAUUACGCUACUAGUCACGGAUGCACAAAUAACUACUAUUCCAAGUCAACUUCGUGGUGCCAUCAUCAGGGUGGAGCCAAACACUGUCAUCCUUCCGGCCGGAGUCGGUGACAGCGAACUGACGGAGCUGCGGAGCUCACGGGAGACUGUGAAACGCCUGUCAGUCUCCGCCGCCGACCUCCCGCGACUGAGGGGGCAGCUGCCGGAGGGCCUCAAGCGCCUCAAUAUCAGAGGGCCGGAUGUGACGGAGCCGAGGUGGCCGGAAUGGAAACCGUGGUUUCAUGGUCUCUAA